GCUCAGGUUAUAAAUAGGGCCUCUAUCAGGAAGACGCGCAGUGCCGCUCACACGCAACUCAGUGGGGCGCAGUGGUUCGACGAUCCACCUCCGAUCGCUAUCCACGGAUAAUCUGCAGGGACAAGCCCAAGAUGGCCCAGUGGCAGAAGCUGCUCACGUUGCAGUCACUCCAGGGCCACUUGACUCAACUGUACGAGGGAAAAUUCCCCCGACACAUUCGUCACUCCCUCUGCUUCUACAUAGAGAGCCAGGACUGGGAUGCAGCAGCUGUGGAUGUAAAUAAAGCAAGAGCUUGUUUCCAUGCACUCCUGGAGUAUUUGGAACAACAGUGGAACUACUUUGUUCAGGAGAGCAACAUUUUGUGUGGCCCUGAUUUUCCAGGGAUGAAGAACUACUUGGUGACACACUUUCACGAUGAGCCACUGAACCUGGCCAUUAUCCUCUCUGAAUGUCUGCGAGAAGAAAAGAAAAUCCUGGCUUCCACCUCUCCAGAACAGGGUUGUAGCAGUCCAGCUGUGGAGCACAAAUGGCGAGAGUUGGACAACGGAAUAAAUGAGCUGAAACAACAGACUUUGAUGCUAAAAAAGGAGAUAAAGUCACUGGAGGUCCUCUAUGAAAACUAUGACUACUUAGAGAAAACCUGGCAAAGCAAAGAGGAGCAGUAUGUCGGAUCGGCCCAGUCCCACAAUGCUGUAAAAGGGGAGUGUCUCAACCAGGCCAAUUUAAUCCUACAAAAAAAAGAGAGGGUGCUUCUGGAAAUAGUGAAAAUGUUAAAACGGGCAGAGCAGAUAGUAGCAGCUCUCACUGAUGUCGAGCUGCCGGAGUGGAAGCGCAGACAGCAGCUGUCCUGCAUUGGAAGUCCAGUCGACACCAGUCUGGACCACCUCCAGAAGUGGUUCACCACUGUGGCAGGUAUUCUAAUACAAGUUAACCAGCAGCUGCAGAAACUACAAGAACAGAACAAGAAGUACAACUACACUGAUGCCUCCAUCCCCCUGAGGGAACCUGGGAAGUUUGCACAAUCCUUGCUCCAAAACCUUCUUGUAAACGCUCUAGUGGUUGAGAAACAGCCUGUCAUGACGAAAUUGCAACAACGACCUCUAAUAGUCAAGACUGGAGUACGGUUCACAGCGACAGUUCGGUUCUUAGCAAACCUCCCAGAAUUCAAGGGCCGGCUCAAAGUCAAUGCUGUAUUUGACAAGGAUGUUGAAGAAAUCUUGACCAUGAACGGGCUCCGUCAGUUUCAUUUCCUCAGAGAUGACAGUAAGGUGUUGGAUGUGGACACACCUGGCGGAGGCUUGGUGGCAGAAUUUGCUCACAUGUCACUCAAGGAAAGCCCAUUAAAACGUGAGGGUCGAGUGGGAGUGACUGAAGAACUCCACAUCAUUAAGUUUGUGACAGAGUUGCAGUAUGCUGGACUCAGGUGUAACUUCGAGGCCAGCUCGCUGCCUGUGGUUGUCGUCUCCAGCGGUAAUCAGAUUCCCGCUGCCUGGGCCUCGGUCAUGUGGUGCAAUGUGUUGUCCGGCAGCGAACCUAUGAACCUGAUGCUGUUUGCCAACCCUCCUCCCCUCACCUGGCAGCAGCUGUCACAGGUUCUGAGCUGGCAGUUCUUGUCUGUUGGCCAACGAGAACUCGAUGAAAACCAGCUCUCCAUGCUGCGAGACAAAAUUGUGGAUGAUCCCGAAGGUCUCAUUCCUUGGAGCAGAUUCAAGAAUGAAAAUACUUGGAUUUGGAUCGAUGGAAUCCUGGAUUUGAUCAAAAAACACUUGGUGGAACUUUGGCGUGAGAGGUACAUCAUGGGGUUCGUGAGCAGGAAGACGACACAUGUGCUGCUGCAGGAAAAACAGACCGGGACCUUUCUGCUCCGCUUCAGCGAGAGCAACAAAGACGGAGCAAUCACGUUCAGCUGGGUUGAACACUGCAAUGGUGAGGCCCAUGUGCAUGCAGUAGAACCCUACACCAAGAAGGAUCUGAAAGCCAUGUCUCUGCCAGACAUUAUCUACCUCUACAGUCUGAGAGUGCAGGGGAACAUGUCCAGGAAUCCUCUGCUCUAUCUUUACCCAGACAUCCACCGAGACGCUGCCUUUGGACGCUUCUGCAGCAGUGACAAGUCGGCCCCUAAAAAGGACAUAAACGGAUACAUUGACAGAACACUCGUCCCCUUCUCAGUCUAUCCUACACCACCUUCAUCUCCGCCUCGGCACAUGGAAAUCGACCCAGACACCAGUGCAGAGGAACAACAGCGGAUCCAUGAACUCUUUGAAUAUCUCCAAGAUUUACCUGUUACCCAUUCCGUGACGACUCAUCAAGCUGUUGCGUUAACUGAGAUCAACUUAUCUGAUCCGUUAUUCCCCUUCUGAAAAGGGGCUGUUGUCAGAACAAAGUCAAAAUCUAACUCAUGGAAUGACCAGUGUGUGACAUGUGAGCAUUUUACUAAGUAAGUAAAAACGGAUGACUAAAUUAACUGGGUGGUUUUAAAGGUUCUGGUAAAUGUAUAUAUCGCACAAAGAUGCAAAGCAACGAGAGGAUGCUGGUUCAUGUAUUUUAUUAUGUUGCACUUGCUGCUUUUUUACGUUUAUGAAGCUGUUGAGCAAAUGAUGAUGAUGAAAAAUGAUGAUGCUGUACUGCUGACGUUUAUUACUUUCGUUUAUUAAACCCCAUUUCCCCCAAAAAUAUCCUCUUUAGUAUUGAACCAAUACUUAUAGUUAUAUUUUAUGUCUCAGCUGCUUUUAAAAAAAAAUUUUUUUUAAGAAAAUCCCUAAGGUGAUUUCCAUGCUAGAAAAGACCAACAAAGAUUUCUUUAGAAAUCAGUGACUUAAUAAAGGGGAAACAUUUAUUUAAAAAGUCUGCAUAUUACAUUACAUCUACUGAAAUAUGUGUUCAGUGUAAACCUGCUGAUUCAAAUUGUAUAAUUGACCACACAUGGUGAAUCACUGUGAGCUGAAUCAUUUCUGUUUUCUGUUCAGAUGAAACCCUGUAUUUAUCUAGACACAUUAACAGCUGAUCAAAUAAAUACGAUUUACCUGA